AUGGCUCACGACAACAUCAUUGAGAGGGCUGAGAGGUGCUGGGUUUUUGACAGAGGAUUGAGGAGGCGCGGGAUUGAGGUGCUGGCACUGAAUGUUUCUAAAUACUUAAGAAAGCUUGAAAGCAGCGAUGGCUCACCAUUGAGAGGGCUGAGAGAACGGGGUGAUGAGCUUGUGGACUACGUCCCUGGAGUUUCUACUACAUCCCUGGACUUUACAUAUGGAGAUGGUCGACUAGUCUUGCCUGGAGUCCUGGAAGGUAUUUCAAGCGUGUCCAAUAAAGCGCAGUAUCUUCUAUUCACCACCUUUCACGAACUUGAAGUUGAAGCCAUUGACACUUUUAAAGCCAACUUUCCUAUCCCUGUCUACCCUAUUGGUCCUGCCAUACCUUACUUAGAACUUGAAGAAAAGAGUCCUUCUAUAACUAAUGCUAACAAUGGUGUCAACUAUCUCCAGUGGCUUGAUUCUCAACCUCCAUGUUCAGUGUUGUACAUCUCAAUGGGAAGUUUCCUUUCGGUUUCAAAUGCCCAAAUGGAUGAAAUUAUUGGUGGUAUAAGGGACAGUGGUGUUCAGUGCUUGUGGGUGUCACCUAGAGAAACUGGUCGGUUCAAGGAUUGUGUGGGUUUGAAGAUGUGUUUCUAG